CCACCGGAGGCUGGAGGCUGCCUGCCGAGCCGGAGCAUCCUUGUUUUGUUCCCCACCGACCCAGCAUCAUCAGCGGACACAAAGGGGGAGCGCACCUCCACAGCGUCGCCUUGAGUGUUUGGUGCAGACAUGGGAUGCGUGUGGGGAGGGGUCGGUGUUGUGUCGCUGAGUUAGCUGCCUGGGGGGGUUCUUUUCUUUUAAUCCAACACUAGAUUCAACACUAUGGCUAAGCAGUACGAUGUGCUCUUCCGACUCCUGCUUCUCGGAGAUUCAGGGGUUGGGAAAACAUGUUUGUUAUGCAGAUUCACCGACAACGAAUUCCACCCGUCUCAUAUCUCCACUAUUGGAGUCGACUUCAAAAUGAAGACACUAGUAAUAGAUGGUAUCAAAGUCAGGAUACAAAUAUGGGACACUGCAGGCCAGGAGAGAUACCAGACCAUCACUAAGCAGUACUACAGACGGGCACAGGGAAUCUUCCUGGUGUAUGACAUUACAAGCGAGCGAUCCUUCCAGCACAUCAUGAAGUGGGCCAGUGACGUGGAUGAGUACGCCCCCGAGAAAGUCCAAAAGAUCCUCGUAGGGAACAAGUCAGACGAUGUGGACAAGAGGCAGGUGGCCACCGAGCAAGGCAGCAAGCUGGCCAAAGCUUACGGAAUGGACUUCUUUGAAACAAGUGCCUUCACCAACCACAAUAUCACAGAGACUUUCACAAGAUUGGCUGAACAGGUCCUGGCAGCCAAUAAAAAAGACCUGGACCUUCUCCGGAUGUCCAUUAAUGAUGAGCUCAACCUUGCUGCUCUGGAGGAAGAGGAAGGACUCUGCGACAGCGCGGCUGGCGACCAAAACAAAGGCUGCUGGUGUUAAAGAAAUGACAUAAACCUUAGUUGAAUAUCUGCCAGUACCAGACACUUCGCACAUUAUGGAAAAUGUGUCCCGAUUCCUUUUGAGUUGAAAGACGAACAUAAAACUACACUUUAAACUCAGCGAUGUUUGUGGAACGAUGCCAAAAAUGCAAAUGGGAACAGUUUUCGAGGACAACAUUUUUGGAUAAAGUGCCAAGUGUGUGGUAAAUGAACCAACCGAAAGUCCAAAUGUCAAGGUUUCCUGCAGAGGGACAAAAUGUUCACUGUCUAAAACACAAAGUUUCCUGCUCAGUUCUGUGUUUCUUUCAUGUAACCAGAUGUUGUAUUUCCAUUAUCAGUCGGUAAUUUGCAUAAUUUGGAUGAAGAUAA